AUGGUCGAUGACCGAGGCACCUCUCUCUCCGGUGGACAAAGGGCAAGAAUAAGUCUUGCAAGAGCCCUUUACACUGACGCCGAUUGCUACCUUUUAGAUGAUCCCCUUUCUGCAGUAGAUUCCUCCGUUUCUAAGCACAUUUUCGAAAAGUGCAUUAAGGAGUAUCUGCGCAACAAGUGCGUCAUUCUGGUCACCCAUCAGUUGCAAUUCAUCAAACAGGCUGAUCAGAUUGUGGUGCUCAAGGACGGUGCCUGUUUUGCUUGUGGCUCGUACAUUGAAUUACUUAACAAAGCAACAGUUGUACCAGAUCAACAAACAGAAAAAUCUCCAGAAGGCAGUCCAUCAAGUAGACGACAGUCGAUUCGUCGACGAAUUGAGUCUUUCAAUGAACGGCACAGUCGGUCAAACUCCUACAUUGAGAGUGACCACGAAUCAAUGUAUGAUGAAGUGAGCAUUCUCGACUACGUUCAAGCAGCUGAAAGUCGAGAGCGUUCCAAUCAGCCAACCUCUCUCGAACUACCCAACAGUGAACGAUCAACAAGCUCAAAACCUAAAAAAAGAGUGAGACAAUUAUCGGAGGUUGACGCUAACUACCUAGUUAGCGUCGAACGUGUCGUCGAAUUUGGUGAACUAGAAAAAGAACCACUUGAAGAAUGCAUCCAAGAGCCGCAUGAAAGUUGGCCACAACGAGGCAAUAUUGUUUAUGAAAAUGUGUCACUGGCAUAUGAUGGAGCUGGAGAUGAUCCACCGCAAUUGGUUUUAAGAGACCUAAACUUCAACAUUAAAGGUGGUGAAAAAGUAGGAAUUGUUGGCCGAACCGGAGCUGGUAAAUCGUCACUGAUCACUACUUUGUUUCGAUUGACUCAACCGACUGGUCAAAUAUUCAUUGAUAACAUUGACACUGCUGAUAUAAGUCUAUCGAGGUUACGGCGAGGGCUUGCGAUCAUUCCACAAGAACCAAUUCUCUUUUCAGGAACCAUUCGUCGUAAUUUAGACCCUUUUAAUGAGAAGAGUGACGAAGAACUGUGGGAUGCAAUCGACAAAGUACAACUUAAAACAAAAAUUCAGUCUUUUCCUUCAAAACUGGAUAGUUCUGUUUCAGAAUGUGGCUCUGACUUUUCUGUCGGGCAAAAACAAUUGAUUUGCUUGGCUCGGGCCAUCUUGCGGCGUUCUCCAAUUCUCAUCUUAGACGAAUGUACAGCUGCUGUGGACCCUCGAACAGACAGUUUGAUUCAACAAACCAUUCGAAAUGAAUUCGCCAACAACACAGUGCUCACCAUUGCCCAUCGCUUAAACACAAUAAUUGAUAAUGAGCGUGUCAUGGUCCUGGAUCAGGGCCGCUUGGUGCAGUUUGACUCACCUUAUGAGCUUAUCAAACAAAAAUCAGGCAUCUUUUCUGAGCUUUUUGAUAAUCACACCCAAGAAGUGAAAAAUGAACUACUAAAAGCAGCUGAAAAAGUUUAUAAUAGCAAAAAAUAG